CGUCGAUAUCUUGACUUCGCCGCAACAUUGAAUGAGACAAUUCUACAUCGGGCACUAUAGUGACCGGUUUAUCGACUAUUAGCGCGACGCGCACACACUGCAUUCACUCAAAUCUCCUCACGUAUGAAUAGACAUUAUACACAAAUAAUAGCUAGAAUUAGUCAUGGGCUUCGAUACUGCUGCGCCCACAGAUCUACCGAGCCCUGCCUUCUCUGAAAGCGUUUGCUCGUAUGUGCCUCCGUAUCAGUCUCCGUUAGUCAUGGACCCUGACGGCGACCUCACUCUUGAGGUCGGGGAACUGCAAUGUGUAGAUCCUUUGCUGGAUAGCGACGGACUCGGCGUAUGCGACCCGAGUUUCAACCACAGACACGAGCUUCCAGUCGUCUUCGUAGUCUGCUCCAAGACAUUAUCGAGAGUAUCUCCGGUCUGGAAAGCUCUCCUUUGCGGCGAAUGGACUGAAAAAAGGCCUUCUUGGGGCUCAUCAGCCUCGCAUUAGAAGGUAGAGCUGCCUGAUGAUAAUCCAACCGCCAUGACUACUAUCAUCUCUAUUAUUCAUUGUCGUUUUGAACUAGUACCGCCCGUCGACCAGCCCACCAGUAUAGAACAACUUUAUCAACUCACAGUUCUGACCAAUAAGUAUCUUCUCACUGGAAUUCUGCGGCCUUGGGCAACCACUUGGUUAAGCUCUGUUAUACGACAGAGUCAAUCUGGAUCAACCGUUCCUUGCACAUACCAGCACGAGCGCCUAUCAUGGAUUGCUUGGGAGAUGGGAGAUCCCCAGCUCUUCACAAAGUCUGCCGAGCUCCUAGCUCACCAUUGCUCCAUUGCUGCUAAUGGCGACUUGUGCUAUUACAAUACACCGGUCAAUUACGGCGGCUAUUUUACCUUAACAAUAAAGCCGCCCGGAAUCGAUGAAACCGUGAGAGCUUUCCGAUUAGAGUAUAUCAAAAGGGCGUUAGAAAUCUACAGGCUUGCCUUUGAAGAAUUACGCAACCCCUACAGUCGCAACAGAGCAUAUGGAUUCUGCGCUAAAGGUGGCUAGGAAGCAUUGAAAUGCGAGAGAGCAAUGCUAGAUACUAUGAUGGCAUCUCUUUCCUUGUCUAAGCCUAAGCUCUACCCUUUCCCACAACCUACUGAUCUUUUAGAGGCUUUUUCUCGCAUCUAUGGCGUGUUGAGGCAUGCCAAGAUGCAAAGUCCGAUACACCCCGAUUGCGAAGGAAUCAAGAUGAGGGAUAGAGUAUUUCUUCAGCUUUGGGAAGCUACAUUAAGUAAGAAGCCGUCCCUAUUCAACCGGUUGGCCGAGCAAGGAAGAAAGUCAGGAGUCAUGCGUUUUAUUUAAUUCCAGGCCUUUGCACCUAAGAACUACAUAGGUACCAAUAGAAAAUAAGUGGACGAUAACAGUAGGUUGCAGCAUAGCUUGAUUAGAAGGGUGGUGGGAAACUUAUACCACAUAGCAAAGAGGACGAACUGAUCAAUCAUCCCUAGCCUGUGCAAAUUCAGGUCUAAGCGGUCGCUUCUACGUCGCAUAUGAUAGGUAAAAGCCUACGCUAGCUAAUAUCACGUGGUAUCAUUGUAAGGGCCUUUUGAGAUUCUUAGAGUAGUGAUAUAAGGUAGAGUCAAUUAUGC